AUGAUUAGACCAGUUUCCGUCUUAAGCCAAUGGCUCCCUCCUAUCAAGAAGAGGAUAACAUUUAUGAAAAAUUCUUUUCAUAUUCAAGAAAGAUAUGUGUGCAAUCAACACACACCUCUACACAUUUAUAAUGCAACGCCAUAUUCUAAAAAAUCAAUUAACCACAGACUAUUUUACAUAAAUUGGAUAUUUGUUUUUGUAUUUCUCGAUUUUUGCAAUAGCCACUUGGAUAUAUAA